AUGAAAAAAGUAUUAACUUGCUUUGUUAUGGGAAAGUCUCUUGUCGAGUUCAUGAUUGUUGUUGCCGAAGAAAUUUCUAUUGAUAACGGUUGGAUCCCCAUUAAAGAAUUUAACGUUGGACUUCUAAAAAAGCAUAUCUGGAAGGAGAUAUCAAAUGACUUUGAUGGUAGCGGUAUCGUACUUAACCGUCUGAAUCUAUGGAAGGCUGAAAUUCCUAUCAGCGAAGAAAACAGGAAAGUACUUGAAAAUCCAGAAAUCGAAUAUAUCAAACAAACUUUCAAUCUUAAGAAGUUGGAUCCAAGCGAUAUAUUUCUAGAGGUUUUCCCAGACAAUUAUGCACCUCCACUACGUCACAUCCACAUCCUCGUGCAACCGCCUCCGCCCGCCACCACUGAAAAAGGAAAGCGAUCGCUGGUAGAUUCGGACGAAGGUCAAAAUAGUAAAAGAGCGAAAUUUGCAGAUCUAAAUAUAAUUUCUACUGCCCAUAAAAUCAUGGAAGGCAUAAUGAAACUUGACGAGAAUGAAUCUACUUACUCAAAUCCUAAAAAUUUCCUCUCGUUACCAUAUCCAUACCUUGGCGAAAAAUUACCAAUAGAUAGAUUCGCUAUUGACAAUAAUCGUUAUUUCAACUUUAUGGGACGAAAGGAAUUUAGGAACGUUUUAGAAGCCAUAAACAAACUUCGAUCUGGUACUGGAUACAUGAAAUUAUUUGUUUAUGGUACUGUCGGAUAUGGCAAGUCACAUAUCCUUUCAGCAAUUGCAUGCUUCCUUUUCCGAACAGGAAGACGUGUUGUAUUUCUUCCCGAUUGUCGCCAACUGGCAGUGGACCCAGUAGAUUAUGUCAAGUCUGCCUUAUUUCUUGCCUAUCAUGAUGAUGAUGCAAAAAUAAACGAAAUUAAUUCCUGUGAAAAUUUUGAAAAUAUCGUAGAUUUUUGUAAAAAAUUACAAUUCAAAGAAAAGUUAUAUUUCAUCGUCGACCAAAUGAAUGCUCUAGAUGAAUUUGAUAAUACUGGGGUUAACUCAAAAACUAAACAACAAAUUAGAUGUGAUAUUGAUAAAAUGAGCAAUUACCAUUAUUAUAUAAUGAGUUCUUCAGCUAACAAUAAGUCAAUGCUACAUCUUAUGCAAAAGCAAACUGGUGAAUUGAAGAUCAAGCUUUAUGGAGGGUUUAAUGAGGAGGAGAUGGAAGAAUGGUGGAAAAAGUAUAGUUUGCCAGCAAUGAAUGAUCGGGAGAAGGAACAAAUCAAAGAUAUCACGGGCAAAAUUCCACUAUUCUUAAACUUUUUGCUAGAAUAUAGUCUCGAGAAUUUUGAAGGUGCAUUUGCAUAUCUAAAACAAAAAUUAGAGUCAAUAAUACAAAUUCCGAUGACGCAAUAUUCGGAAAAUCUACUAGGCAAUAAACAUACAUGGGAUCGUCAUGUUGGAUUAAUGUCGUCAUUCAUUACAAAUACACAUCCUAAACUGGGCUAUAGAUAUGAUGAUUAUGAUCAUCGUUACUUUUACAUCGAUGACGACAAUAUCUGUUAUUAUGUCUGUGGUCUUGUACGAGAUUCCAUGGCUGAAUAUCUCUUUGAAAAAAGAGAAAUGGAAAUAUUCACAGAUAUAAAAUGGAUCAGUCGCAUAUCGGAAUUCAAAAACAACCCAUCGGUUAAGGGAUUUUUUGUUGAAAAGGCGUGUAUUGCUAGUAUUUUUAGGAAUGGAUUAAUGGCGAACCGUGUAAAUUUUAAGCCUGGUGGUAUGGAAUGUUUUUAUAACGAAGAAGAAAUUAAGUUUUCUUCGAAUGAAGAGAAAUGUAUGUUUUACUUACCAUGCUGUUGGAACCAAGAGGCCAUCGAUGGAUUACUGAUCUAG